AUGGGAGAGCAGCUGGCGUGUCUGCUCCCGGCCCUGGUCCUGCUCAUGGUCCCAGGCUCCUCUGCCGUCACGGGUCCAGGCUCAGUGAAGGGCUGGGAGCGGGGCUCGCUGACUGUGCAGUGUCGCUAUGACCCAGGCUACGAGACCUACGUGAAGUGGUGGUGUCAAGGGGCUGCCUGGGGCAGCUGCAACAUCCUUGUUAGAACCACCGGCUCGGAGCAGGAGGUGAAGAAUGGCAGCGUGUCCAUCAGGGACGAUCAGAAGAACCGCACGAUCACCGUGACCAUGGAGGUGCUCACGCUGGGCGAUGCGGACACUUACUGGUGUGGGGUUGAGAGAGACAGACUUCCUGACUUUGGGGCCCAAGUUAAUGUGACCAUUGGCCCAGGUGAGCGCCUCUCCCUGCUGGGCAGCGUCCACUUCCUGCUCCUGGUCUUCCUGAAGGUGCCCCUGCUCCUGGGCAUGCUCAGUGCCGUCCUCUGGGUGCACCGGCCUCAGAGGCACCCUGGGGGGAGACAGAGUCAGCCUGACUACGAGAAUCAGUCUGACUACGAGAAUCAGUCUGACUACGAGCUCCUCCCUGUCUGCCCAUAA